AUGAAGGAGGAGGCUGCGAGGAAGAGGAAGAUGCCUUGGGCCCCCCAGGCAGGCCCCGAGCUGAGGACGGAGAGUCCAGAGGACAAAUCCCCCCGUGAGACCCUGGUGGGAGAGGCCGUUUUGAAGGGCUCCACGGCGCAGGAAGGCAGCGGGGAGGAAAAGGGCCGGAGAUCCCCCCGCAGGAGGGGCUCCAAAGCCAGCCCAGGGUGCUCUGAGGAGGAAAGACCCAGCCUGUGCCAGGAAGGCGGCCAGAGCUUGAGGCAGAGCUCUGAGCUGGUGGAGCCUGAGCAGCCUCCCAGCAGGGAGAAGCCCUUCAGGUGCUUGGAAUGUGGGAAGAGCUUCAGGUACAGCUCCAACCUGCUCCGACACCAGCACAUCCACACUGGGGAGUGGCCCUACACAUGUGGGGAAUGUGGGAAGAGCUUCAGGCAGAGCUGCAACCUGCUCCGACACCAGCGCACCCACACUGGGGAACGGCCCUACACGUGUGGGGAAUGUGGGAAGAGCUUCAGUGACAGGUCCACCCUGAUCCAACACCAGUGCAUCCACACUGGGGAAAAUCCAUACACGUGUCGGGAAUGUGGGAAGAUCUUCAACUUCAGGUCCAACCUCCUCACCCAUCAGCGCAUCCACACUGGGGAACGGCCUUACACAUGUGGGGAGUGUGGGAAGAGCUUCAACCAGAGCUCCAGCCUCUGCAAACACCAGCGCUUUCACACUGGGGAACGGCCCUACAGGUGUGGAGAAUGUGGGAAGAGCUUCCACCAGAGCUCCGGCCUCCGCACCCACCAGCUCAUCCACACCGGGGAACGGCCCUACAAGUGCUUGGAAUGUGGGAAGAGGUUUCAGACCAGCUCAGAUCUCCUCAUGCACCAGCGGACGCACACUGAUGAGAGGCCCUUCCGCUGCACCGACUGCGGGAAGGGCUUCAACCAGAACUCCCACCUUGUUACCCACCGGCACAUCCACACCGGGGAGAGGCCCUACAAGUGUGGGGAGUGUGGGAAGAGCUUCACCCACAGCUCUACCUUGACCUCACACCAGCGGACCCACCAAUAAGGAAAGCCCUAAGAGUGCCCCAACUGCGGGAAGAGCUUCGGCCGCUGCUUCCACCCCAAAUGAAGCCCCUGAUGGUGAGGCAAC